CAAAUGUUAUUAUUCCAGGCCAUCAGUUUUCCCACCUGAUUAUCUGUAUCCUUGGCAUGGCUUUCUUGGCGUUCUGUGGAUGCUUUUAACUAUUGUGUUUCUGGGAGUUUCUGCCGUUGGCCUUUUCCUCCGAAAAAUUACCUUCUGUCGCUGUGCUCAAGCCUUGGAGAGGGAGACGGCAGAGAGCAAGGGUGCCUACAAGCGGCACAGAUGGAGAAUGAGGAAAAAGAAAAGAGUGCCAGGGAGACACAUGAGUGAGGAGCCAGCCCAGAAACGCCUGUGCCUGAAGAACGCUUUCUGGCGAGCAGAUUCAGGACCUCAUUCGGUUCCCAUGAGGAACAGCAGCUGCGUCCCAAGUGAAAUCACAGAGAAGACAAAGGUUAACAUGGCUGCAGCACAGCGUCAUCACUGCUCAGCAUUGCCCUGCUCACCCUACCUCAUGGCUGACCCUUCAGGACCACUGAUGGCUUGCCCGUCACCUCCUCCAUUUGGGUGUCGCCUGGGAGCUCCACCAUUCCCAUCAGCUAAAGGUGUUCUGGGACCUCUGACAACUCCUCGACUCCAGUGUCCACUAGGACCUCUGCGAGCUUCAUCAGAUGAUGAGUUUUCAAGACCACAGACACCUACACCCGCAUGUCUUCUGGCUGCUUUACCACCUUCUUCAGCCAAUGAUUUUCUGAGCUUAUACACAAUUCCACCUGAGUGUCUAUGCACGCCUCUGCCACCUUCGUCAGAUGAUGAGUUUUCGAGACCACAGACACCUACACCCAAAUGUCUUCUGGCAGCUUUUCCACCUUCUUCAGCCAAUGAUUUUCUGAGCCCAUACACAAUUCCACCUGAGUGUCUAUGCACACCGCUGCCACCUUCGUCAGAUGAUGAGUUUUCGAGACCACAUACACCUACACCCAAAUGUCUUCUGGCAGCUUUUCCACCUUCUUCAGCCAAUGAUUUUCUGAGCCCAUACACAAUUCCACCUGAGUGUCUAUGCACACAGCUGCCAGCUUCGUCAGAUGAUGAGUUCUCGAGACCACAGACACCUACACCUGAAUGUCUUCUGGCAGCUUUACCACCUUCUUCAGCCAAUGAUUUUCUCGGCUUAUACACAAUUCCACCUGAGUGUCUAUGCACACCGCUGCCACUGUCUACAGAUGAUGAUCUUUGAAAACCACAGACAG